GAUUAGCCUUAGGAAUAAUAGCAACUAUUUUUGCUUUACUCUGUCUCUUUCGGAUUAAGUGUCCCAAUCGUCAAAAGAAAAAGCCCCUUAAGGAAAUUAUCACUUUAGCCAAGCAAGAUAAAUGA